CGACAGCGGAGAGCGAGAGGCAGCAGACAGCAACGAGUCGGGCUGAGCGUCGCCUCUCCGAGAGCCUUCGGCGGUCCGGAUAUAUAAACGCUCCUGUGGGGAUCACCGCUGUACCCGGGACAAGUAGCUCCUCUCCUCCUUCCCCAGCGUCUUUAUCACUUGUCGCGUGGAUCCCGAGUAAAUGAACCGCAGCACCUGGACACUUCAUUUGGCCUCCUCCGCAGAUGUCCAGAGCCCUGUGCUCGGGCCCCUGGAGCAGUGAGCAGCCCCCAGUCCCCCAUGGCUCCUGCCGGGGGUGUCGGUCCAGCUUGGUGCCUGCUCCCUCUGCAGGGCCUCUUCGUCCUGCUCGCUGGAGGCGUGGCUAAUGUGGCCACCGCCCACUCGCCAGAGUCUCCCUGCCGCAGGGUGGAGCAUCCUGUGAUCUCACAUUCGGACAUUGAGCCGUGGAUACACAGGUUCAGGGCGGAGGACACCGUGGAUUAUUCGCAGCUGACCUUCGACCCUGGCCAAACCGAAUUGAUUGUUGGAGCCAGAAACCACCUCUUCAGGCUACGUCUGGAGGACCUCUCCUUGAUCCAGGCGGUGGACUGGCACUGUGACCACUUCACCAGGGCCGCCUGCUUCAGCCGCGGGAAAUCCCAGGAUGAGUGCCAGAAUUACGUCCGCGUUCUUCUCGUCAACGGAGACCGGUUGUUUACCUGUGGAACAAACGCGUACACUCCAAUUUGCACCAAUCGCACGCUUAACAACUUGACGCAGAUCCAUGACCAGAUCAGCGGCAUGGCCCGCUGUCCCUACAGCCCCCUACAUAACUCCACAGCCCUCAUCACGUGCAACGGAGAGCUGUAUGCUGCCACUGCCAUGGACUUCUCAGGCCGCGACCCCGCCAUCUACCGUAGUCUGGGGGGCCUCCCGCCCCUCCGCACUGCCCAGUAUAACUCCAAGUGGCUCAACGAACCUAACUUUGUGUCCUCCUACGACAUCGAGAACUUCACCUACUUCUUCUUCCGGGAGAAUGCUGUGGAGCACGACUGCGGUAAGACGGUGUUCUCACGCGUGGCCCGUGUAUGCAAGAAUGACGUGGGGGGGCGCUUCCUGCUGGAGGACACCUGGACCACCUUCAUGAAGGCGCGCAUCAACUGCUCGAGGCCGGGCGACAUCCCCUUCUACUACCAUGAGCUGCAGGGGACCUUCUACCUGCCCGAGCUGGAGCUGCUCUACGCCAUCUUCACCACCAACGUGAACAGCAUCGCUGCCUCUGCGGUGUGUGCUUUCAAUCUCAGCGCAGUCACCCAAGCAUUCAAUGGGCCUUUCAAGUACCAGGAGAACUCCCGCUCAGCCUGGCUGCCUUACCCCAACCCGAACCCGGACUUCCAGUGUGGGACCAUAGACUAUGGGACAAACAUGAACCUGACGGAGAGGAACCUCCAGGACGCGCAGAAGUUCAUCCUGAUGCAGGAGGUGGUGCAGCCGGCCACACCUGUGCCUCUCUUCACGCAGGACGACGUGCGCUUUUCCCAUGUAGCCGUGGACGUGGUGCAGGGCAAAGAAACGCUCUUCCACAUCGUCUACCUGGCCACCGAUUUCGGGACCAUCAGAAAGGUGCUGUCGUCAGUGAACCAGUCGAUGAGCAGCUGUCUGCUGGAGGAGAUGGAGCUCUUUCCCCCAGGGCGUAGGCAACCAAUCAGGAGCCUCCUAAUCCAGCACAGCCGCAGUGUCCUGUUUGUGGGCGUCCAGGACCAGGUGAUCAAGGUCCCACUGAUGCGCUGCAACUUCCAUAAGACACGCGAGGCCUGUGUGGGAGCGCGGGACCCCUACUGCGGCUGGGACCAGGUCCUGAGGCGCUGUACCACCCUGGAGGAGAGUGUCAGCAUGAGCCAGUGGGAGCAGAGCAUCACCCAGUGUCCCAACAAGAACGUAACAGUGGACGGUGGGCACGGUCCAUGGUCCGGGUGGAAGGCGUGCAGCUACAGCGAUGGGGGAUCUGCCGGUUCUUGCCUCUGCCGAACGAGGGCUUGCGACAGCCCCACUCCACAGUGUGGUGGCCGGCCAUGCUUAGGCUCAACAGCAGAGGUCACCAACUGCUCCAGAAAUGGUGGCUGGACUCCCUGGACCUCGUGGGCGCCAUGCAGCACAAGCUGCUCCGUGGGUUUCCAGGUCCGGCAACGUUCCUGCAGCAACCCUGCCCCUCGGCACGGGGGCCGCGUGUGUGUGGGCCAGAACCGGGAGGAAAGGUACUGCAAUGAGCAUCUACCGUGCCCACCCCACGUGUACUGGUCCAGCUGGUCGCCGUGGGAACGGUGUUCCGUGCCCUGUGGGGGCGGGACUCAGGCGCGGAGGCGGACGUGUGAAAAUGGGGAUGAGUGCUCUGGCUGCAGCCUGGAGUACCAGCCCUGCAACACCCUGCCCUGCCCAGACCUGAAGAAGACCACCCCCUGGACCCCCUGGAGCCCCGUGAACAUCUCGGACAACGGAGGCCAUUACGAGCAGCGCUUCAGACACACCUGCCGGGCCCGGGUACCCGACCCAGGCCUGCUGGAGGUGGGACGGCAGAGGGUGGAGAUGCGUUACUGCUCCAGGGACGGCUCCACGGGCUGUGCCCCCGAAGGAGACCCCUUGCGCUCCGGACGGAUGACGACUCACUUCCUCAAAGGGGGCUGGUCGGCCUGGGGUCCCUGGUCCCAGUGCAGUCGGGACUGUGGACGGGGGAUUCGCAGCCGAAAGCGUGCUUGCAGUAGCCCGGAGCCUCGCCACGGUGGCGUGCCCUGCCCGGGUCAUGGCCUGGAGUACCAGGAGUGCAACAUCACACCCUGCCCAGUGGAUGGGAACUGGGCCUGCUGGUCGCCCUGGACCAGGUGUUCAGUGACCUGUGGAGGAGGCCACUACAUGCGUACGCGCACCUGCAGCCGCCCCACACCUGCUUACGGGGGGGACAUCUGCCUGGGUCUGCACACCGAGGAAGCCCUGUGCAACACCCAACCCUGUCCAGAGAGCUGGUCAGAAUGGUCUCCAUGGUCCCGCUGCGACUCGGUGGGGGUGCAAGUUCGACUUCGCCAUUGUGAUGUUCUCUUCCCCACUGGAAACCAGUGCUCAGGGAACAGCACUGAAAGCAGGCCUUGUGUCUCUGACUCCAACUUCGUCCCAGAGAUAUCUAUUGCUCGGUCCAGUCACGAAGAGAGAAGAUGCGAAGACUUCAGCUUGUUCCACAUGGUUGCCGUGGGCCUCAGCAGUUCCAUCCUGGGCUGCCUGCUUACCCUCCUGGUGUACACGUACUGCCAGAGGUACCAGAAACAAUCACAUGAUGCCACAGUCAUCCACCCGGUUUCCGCUGCUCCGCUCAACACCAGUGUGACCAACCACAUCAACAAGCUGGACAAGUAUGACUCUGUGGAGGCCAUCAAGGCUUUCAAUAAAAACAACCUCAUCUUGGAGGAGAGAAACAAAUACUUCAAUCCUCAACUUGCCGGAAAGACGUACACCAACGCCUACUUCUCGGAUCUCAACACCUACGACGACUAUUAAGUUGAGCUGUUUUGCAACGGACGGACAAUUUUUGUAAGAUAAUGAGCGCCUCUUUUUAGUGAGUCUCUUGUUUUGCCUUGUGAUUUUUUGUACCGACAGUACACGACACCUCCUCACUGUGGUUCGGUUCCUUUGAAAACCACUGACAUGUCUUACACCUGAUGCCAGUUAAGGGACACCAGCAUUUGCUUUGUGUCUGAGAGUGGUUUGGGAGCUCUCGGAUUUAGAACAGCAGUUUCUUUUUUUUAAAUGUGUUUUAGUGUUGGGAGAGGGUGUAAGUUUUGGAAAAAGUGGACAAACAAGGACUGGAACAUUUCUUUGGUCCCCAUAAACCACCGGUGCCCAGGGCUUUACCUGGCAUGACCAUGUACUACAUGCUGGUCUCCAUUCCACCUAAGACCUAGACCAUUGAGUUCAGCUGAAUGUUCUCCUGAGGGCUCUUUUUUUCAGCCUCUCUGGGCCAUUUGUGGUUAGGUGGAGAGCAGCACACAAGAUCCAGAGCUGGGGAGCCCUGCCAUAAAUCCUCUGAAAGUUAUUAGCCCUUUGGUGUGGCACAAGACUGCUUUUGCAUGACUGAACCGGAUCGGAUCAUUUGUCGCCUCAUCGAUUUUUUUUUUUUGCAUGAUUGGCUGCGUUCCCAAGCCCUGGACAGAGCUGGGGAGCUGUGGCAGUGCUGACCUCCCAGUGCUCCCAAGACCUCGAGAGAAGAUUUGGUCUCUUUAGCCAGCUGAUUUUUUUCAUUUUCCUGCAUCCCACAUUUUUAGUCAUGACCACAGUAUAAAGUAAUAAUAAAGUAUAGCUGUUCAAGUGUUCAGAAAUGUCAUUUUUCAGCUAUUAUUGUCAGCUAAGUUUUUUUUUUUUUUUUUUUGCAAUUUGUCUUAUUCAGGUUGCACUGUAAACCUUUGACAGUACUAAAACCCAGGAUGUACAUGCCACAUUUCACCGUGCCCAUUGAAG